AUGGUGUUUUACUGGAACGGAAUUACUUUUGACGACUUUUUGAUUCAAGGUCUUGAAAUCACAACUUUUCAAGGUUUCACUAUCGUCAUCUUGGUAAUAGUCGCACUAUCCAUAUUAUACGAGGGUAUUCGGACAUUUAGAGAUCUACUGAUGGACAAUUUUAUUAAACUGAAAAACCAUUCAACGCUGCAAACUGGUGCUAAAACUUUGCAAGUGAAAUAUGCCAGUGGCAAUGAUAGUGUAACAACAAAGUUGAGGGUUACCGACUUGGAAUCAAGAAAACAAAGUAAUGAGCUAACGCAGGAAACCCAGCAAGUUGUUCCACAAGCCAUGGAACUGUCAACACCCGGCUCUUCAAGCAAGUCUCCUGAAGUUGAUGGAAUCAUAAUUUCUAAAACCCAGUGGUCAAAUUGUUUACCUCUCAUGGCUGCGACGUUAUUGCAUAUGAUUGAUCUAUGCCUUGGCUACACGCUAAUGUUAGCCGUGAUGACAUUCAACGGUUGGAUUUUAGUGGCUGUGGCUAUCGGAUCUGGAGUUGGAUAUUUAAUUUUUUCACACCUAAAGCAGGCACUGCGAGAAGGGAAUUAUAUCAGGAGUUUGGCUACCAAUAAAUAG